AUGUCACGGAGCAGAGGUGCCGAGAGGUCAGGGAGGGCCCGGAUCGGGGAUUCCCGGAUCGGAGGUCCCGGGAGGGAACGGAGGGUCGGUGAGUCCCCGAUCGGGGGUGUUCCGAGGUCGGGGGUGUCCCGAGGUCGGGGGUGCCUGGCUUGGACGUGCCCGGGCAUCAGAGAAGUCAUGGGUUGCCCUGAGGCCGAGGAGGUUGUCCUUUUCCGGUUCGGGUCAUGCCCGGGUUUCGGGGAUACCCGGGGGUCGCGGGAUGCAGAGUCGGGGGAUGCCCCUGUGCCAGCGCUGCCCAUGACCCCUCGACCUCUCCAGGUGUGCGGGCUCUGCCCGGGGCCGCCGCGAAACGGCUCCAUCGUGUCCCGGUUCUGUGAGUCCUGGGGCGGCAGAGCUGAGAGCGACGAGCGCUGCUGCCGGGAGCGGGGCCCCUCCCCAGGGCGGCUUCUGGGGUUGGACCUGAGCAACUGCUCCCUGCACAGUGUCCCCCCAGGGCUGGCCGAGGCCACCACUGCCUUCGUCCUGGACCUGAGUGAGAAUCCCCUGACAAGUCUCCCCGAUGGCUCCUUCCUGGGCUUCAUCCACCUGCAGAGCCUCGCGGUGCCGCUGCCAUUGGAGUGUCCAGGCGGGAGUGACGCCUGGCAGAACGUGACAGUGGACAGGAGCAGCCGGCUGUGCCAGGGACAGAGGAACCCCUGCAACAGCUCUGCAGAGCUCGCCUGGCCGUGUCCUGAAAACUCUGUGUGUGCCCCUGACGGCCCGGGCCUCAUCCAGUGCCUCUGUGACAGUCCCUUCCAUGGCUACAAGUGCCUGCGAGAGGGCACGUUCCCGAUGCUUCUCUUUGGAGGAAUCCUGGGCACUACCACUGUGUCCCUGUCCCUGCUGCUGUGGGGAACGCAGCGGAGGAAGGCCAAGACCCCCUGAGCAGGGCAGGGGUCGUGCCUGGGCUGGAAGCUUUGGCCUGGGAGGCUCUCUGGAUCAAUAAAGCUGCAGGUCCUCA